AUGAGCAGCCCGAGGACCAGCGCUGCUGCGCCGGCCGUUCCGCUCAACAUCGACCUCCCGCUGUGGUCAGACUCGUUGCUUGCCUCGACUCGGUGGCACGGCUCGUCUAAGCCGCCUUCGCCGCGGUCGUCGCUCGAUCCAAAGCCGAGGACAACCGGCAACGGCAGCAGUCACGCUAGUUCGGGUGGGGCAGGAACCGGCAGUGGCCGGAGCGUUGGCGAGCGGUCGUCUCUGGCACACCAGGGCUCGGCAUCGGCGACCUCUAUCUCUCGCGGCUCGCGCAAGUCACGCAAGUCUGGCCACAGCAAUGGCGGGAGUGGCGGCGGAAGCGGUCCCUCACCGGGGCCGUCGGCGCCGAAGACAUCAUCUUUCUCGCCGCUGUACGAGGAUCUUGUGUACGGCGAGCCCAAGGUUCCCAAGUCAAUGGCCGCGCUCAUCGAUCACUGGGAGAGGCUGUAUCCGUGCUACCUGCGGACGUACGGGACAACCACCGUGUCUGUACCGAGUGGAAGCGAGAGCUCGUCGAGCUCGCGGAGCGGUGGUAGCGGCAACGGCAAGAGCGGCGAGGCGAGUGGCGGAGACGGCGAAGUGACGGCCGAGACCGCGACUGGCGCCUCGAUUGCGAGCCGACGCAAGUCGAUGUCCCGCCACCUUUCGUCACAUGAGCUGGUCUCGUCGCACGGCGUCUCCCUGGCGUCGGCGCUGGAGAAGGCACAGAGUCAGUAUGUGAGCCAGCAGAAGGUCUCGGUCCUUCCUGCGGUGCCGGCUGUCCACAUUCCGGUUGUCCGCGAGACCGAAGUUUCGAUUGCCAGCACCAUCGGCAAGCUCCCGCAUCCGCUACAGUUGCUGGUUGACGCCGGCGUUGCGCCCGGCACGCCGCUUAACGAUGUGCCGUCGCUCCUUACAACCAUUGCCAGCCAUCUCGGGCACUCGGGCACGAUGAAGCGCAAAGCGCUGGUGUUUGACAACGACAAGGCUAGCAGCGGUGGCGGUGACGACGAUGCUGCCCCCGGCUCGGGCGGCUCGUCGCACAAGAACACGGCCUCCAGCGGCCACGCGAGCAAAGCUGCAGCCAAGCGCGCGCGGCGCGGCAAGUCUUCCAAGGUUUCAAGGCGGGCCACCGGUGGCGAUGCUGGCGGUGGUGCUUCGGGUGGAGGCGGAGGCGGUAGCUCGGGCGGCGGCGAGACGGCGACGCUGCCGCGGAUGUGGAAGACGUGCGAUGAGGGUGUGGUGCUCGAUGGUCCCGCUUCGGCUCCGCCUGCCAAGCUCUCGGUCCUCCCUGCCAAAGUCACGGAGGAGCGAGUCUCGGACGUCCGCGACAUGUACGGGCUCGUUCUUCCGUCGGAGCGCGACGAGACGGUGAUGACGUUGGCGUGGACACUUCGCAUCAUGCACAUCAAGCGCAAGACGCUGGCACGGAGCGAUUUUCUGUGGGAGAAUCUCUAUCCGCAGGUCAACGGCGUGCCGGUCUUCAAUCCAGCGGGCAAGUACCUGCUCAAGGUCCAUCUUGGCGGAACGGCCUACGCGCUUCCGUUUGACGACCGGCUUCCUGUCUCGGCCUCGGGCGAGGUCCUGCUGCCACGGUCGGCGCAUCGCGGUGAAGUCUGGCCGUGGCUGAUGGCCAAGGCGCUCCUGGUUCUUCAUGCUAGGCUUGGACUGGUGGAUACGGGCACAAGCUCGAGUGUGAGUGUCGGCGUUGUCGCCCAGCCCGCGCCUGCACGGCCGCUGGCGUCUACCCGGCCUGCCCCGUCACAGCGAACCCUCUCUGCGUUACACCGGUUCCUGCGGCAGGCGCCGUCGGCAUCGGCGACGCCGUGGAUGCUCUCGUGGCUGACGGGGUGGGCACCAACAGCGGUGCCCAUUCCGCACCCGUCGCAUGCAUCCGAACUUGCCGGCGAGCGCGUGUGGGAUGCCAUUCACGACGCGGUCAAGCGGCAGCUGAUUGUGGUGGCCGAGGCGCAUGUCAACUCCAAGAAGCACGUGUAUGUGUGCCUGCAAACUAGAAUCCACCCGGUCCACGGCCGGCAGUUGCUAGUGGAUACAGCGACGCCGCCCAAGCCAGCACCGUCUGGGGCAUCGCGGACGGCUCCACGGCCGGGCAGCUUUGCUGCGGUUGACUCACCCGGGCGGGCCCGGGCGGCGCCCGAGGUCCAUGCGCCUGUCCGGCGCCGGCCGGCGCUCGGCGAUAUGGCCCGCAUCCAGCGGACGGCUACCUUCCACACCAUGCCCAACGUUGCACAGACCGGGGCGGGUACCACGUCCAGCGGGCCGCGGCCGUCGUCGCCUUCGGCCUCGUCCGAGUACUACGACUCGGCCGAGGCUUCAGAGCGGGCGACGUCGUCGGCGUCGUCGGUGGCCGAGGUGCCCAAAGCGCGGCGGGCAGUCUCGUUCGCCGAGUUGCCCGACGUUGCACCGAGCGGAGCUGGGCCGUCGGAGGCGUCAACACCGACCGGCGUGGCUGGCCACGACACCGCACGCGAGGCUACGCUCGACGCGCCGAUCAAGCUCCCGUCUGUGGUCAAGCACCCUGUGCGGAUCCAGCAAAAGACACCCGAGUGGGUCUCUUACCUCGACUUUAUGGAGCUGUUCUCGGUCCUCUUUGUUUUCCGCGACCCGCGUGGAUACCACGCGCGGCUGGCGACGCAUGUUGUGGACCCUGCCCGCGAUGUUCUUGCACCGCCCAAGCCGGCGCACCACGCGAUCCAGCUGGGCGACGUUGGGGUCGACGACCGUGCACCACCAGCGCUGGCGCGCUAUGCGCUCAUGGUCGCAAACCCGAUGCGUGCGUACCAGUCGUCGUAUGUGGGUGCAAAACACGCGAGCCUCUCGAUCGGUGUCGGAAACGUCGACCUUGCCAAGGCCUCGGGCCUCAACACCUCCAGCAGUGGGACGGAGAGCCGCAAGAGUGCGUCGCGCAAGAAAAAGUCUGCCUCGGGUGGCGACGACAAGGCUGGAGGAAGCAGCAAGCGCGGCGGAGACAGGCACGGAGACGGACAUGGGUACGGGCACGGGCACGGGCACGGGCACGGGCAUGGGCAUGGUCACAGUCUUGGCGCAAGCAGCGCCAGUGGUGUAUUAGGGCGCGACAGUGGCAAGCGGCAAGCACGCUCCCGCGGCGGCGGCGGUGCGGUUAGUGGCGAGUCUGGUGAUCAGGGAGCGACAAGCACCGGGCCGACGUUUGCCAACUCGUCCGCGGCGAGUGGCAUAGGCAGCAUGCUAGGCGGGUCGUCGAGCGAUGCGCUGGCGAUCAAUCCAUUUGCGGUGGCCGGCCGGGCGGCGACGCCAAUGAUCUUGCACGUUGUCGUAUCUGAAGCCGCGGUGAAUGACGUGAGCGGUGGUGGCGGCGGCGGCUCACGGGUGUCGAUGGCAACCUCGACCUCGUUUGACUCGGACGACGAGUACUACGAUGACGAGGGCGACAGAAGCGAAGGUGGGAGCGGAUCAGGCUCUGGCGAGAGCGGAGAGCAGCGGCGGCGGCGGCGGACCGGACCACCGCUGGUGAACGGGCAAGCGUACACGGUUCCGCCACCACCAGGCAACGAGCUCUCGCUGGUGCUUGCAGCGUCGGGAGGAAACUCGGCGACGUCGACGGUGGUGCUCAACGGGUUUGACUGGCGCGAUCGCGGAAACCGGCCGACCAUGGCGCUGGUGGAGACGCCGCCUGGAGAGGUGGCGUCGGCGAGCGUGCACCUGAGGCCGGGCGCGCACACCUUUACUGUUCACGUCGACGGCGCGCCCGGCGACGUACUCCUGUUCUUGGGCGGGGCAUGUGUCAAGAUCUACCUCGCGCCCAAGCAGCGCGUCUUGGAGACCUUCCUCGGUGUCCACGUCCAGGAGUUUACCGGGCGGGUGCCGGAGGCGCCAGACCGGGCGUGGUCGCUCUGGUUCCGCUACAACAUGCGCGUCUCGCAGCAGCUUCGGAUGUCUGUACAGCUGUCUGUGGACACGCCGCUGGCGGCCAAGUAUGCGCAGCUGUCUGUGCUGGACCACUCGCGCGAUGAGCGGUUUACGACGCCUCUGCUACACACGGCGCAGGCGCGGGUGUACAAGCCUGUUGCGGCAACAGGCGCCGACGCGCUGUACACUGUCCAGGCCGAUUGCAUCGUCCCGCUCGAUAAGGAGGCCGGGCAGCCGUUGUCACCGGUGGCCGAGGAGACGAAGAGCGUGGUGGAGCAGGGUUGGUACCGGCGGUCGCACCGCGGCAUGGUCUUCCGCUACGUGGUGACGCCCAAGGACGACGCCACGGUCGCGUUUGCUCUCAAAGUUUUGGACCCGCAGGUCAAGGUGCAGCUCCGAGUCCUCGACGUGGGAACAGCGCUCACCGGGGCGCGCCUAGAUGUGGUUGACGCUGCGGCGCGGGUGCUUGGCGAGGCCGAGGCCAGUGGGCGUGUCGUGCUGCCAUACGUGCGGCUGCCUGCGGUGACCGAGGGCGGUGGGCCGUCGCUGUCGCCGGCCGAGGCGAGUGAGGGCGGCGGCAAUGGAGGCAAGGCCGGCGGGGCUGGGUGGCUCAACAGCUCGGCGUCGUCGCCCCUGGGCGGCCUUACCACGCUGCUGGAAGUUGACGAAAGCGCUAUCGGCGGCGACAACAGCGGGGCUGGGGACGGCGGUGUGGGAGGUGCUGUGACGCUCCAUCGCGGCUCGCGGUACGUGGUGGUUGGCACGCUCCAGUGUGCCAGCUGGGCCGGUUCGUUGGCGUCGCCAGACUCGCUGUCGGACGUGGCGCGCGCCUCGCCAGAUGGGAUGUCGGGCGCAGGAGCACCACCGAAGCGGCGGAACCGGUCGCGGCGGAGCGGCGAAGGUGACGAGUCGAUGGUUUCCGGCUCUGGUGCAGGCGGAAUGAGCGCGGGCGAGCCGCGCGACGCGACGCGCGAGAAGGAGAAGGAUCGCAAGCGGCGGUCCAAGUCACGCGAUCGGCGAGCUAUGUCAUCCAAGCUGCGGACCUCCGAGUCACGGUCCAAACUUGUGGAUGAUGAUCCAAGUGAGGCUAAGCUCCCAUGGUCGCUGACGGUGUACUCGGACGUGCCGCUUGGGCUCGAAGUCGACGACUCGCGGCAAAAGGAGCUGGAGACGAUCAAGGAGAGCUGGGAAGCCGAGGCGCCCGGGCGGGCGACCAAGGCGGCCAAACUCCGGGCCUUGUGGCUUGAGUCGUACGCACCGUCGGGCGAGCUGCGCAGCGGUGUCUCGCUGGCAUCUGUGGCUGAGCGGACAGCGUCGUCGUUGUCGAUGACCAACGAUGACGGAGCGCAGCUGAAGCGGUCGGCGUCGCGUAGCGGACGGCAAACACCGUCGGGCUCUCGGUCGACGCGAUCGUCACGGUCGUCGAAGAAGCGAUCGACGCGCGAGACUGCGCCGCCACCGGUCGACGCACACCCUGCCAUCACCGACGAGCUGCGGGUGGCGACAAGCAAGCCGGUCAUCCGCGGCGCGGACGAGGAGUCGGUGCUGAAGGACGCCGAGGCGCGGGCAGACGAGGCUGAGUGCAUCCGCGACGCCGAGCGGGCGUUCCGGUCGGCGCGGCGCGGCGAGUGGCGACGACGCAACCGGGAGCGCAAGGCCCGGAACAAGAGCCACACCGCGUUCGAUCACGAGCUCGAGUCGCUCGGUGCCAAGCUGCACCGGUACCGAACGCGAGAUGCGCGGCUCCGCGAAAGCUACCGCUCGCGCAAAGCGGCCGAGCACGCCGCGGCGCGCGAGGCUGCCGAACUAGCGGUGGCCAAGGAGCGUGAGCGUGAAAAGGAGGCCAAGGCCAAGGAGCGCAAGGUGAACAAGCGUCGGCCGCGCGAGCGUGGCGAGCGUGGUGAGCGCGGUGAGCGUGGCGAUCGCACCGACCGCAGCGAGCGCACCGACCGCAGCGAGCGGGUGGGCAAGAAGGAGCGGUUGUAAACAGUGAAAGCAAGCA